AUGAGAAGAAAGGGCUGCUUGAACCUCAAAAUGGAUGACAUACUCUGGCAUGGUCUUAACGCGCAGAUCGACAGUGCGACCUUUCAAAACCGGGUGAUCAUGCCGAGUGCAAAGUCCCUUGCCGACAAGCUGGAGCUUGCAUUGCAUCCUCAAGUGAAGCUCCUUGGAAUAUCGGGGAGCAAGGAACUCUCUGACCAACAGUUCUGGAACCGCACGUCGGCGGAGUUGACGGAGAUGUUCAUGAAAGCUUUGGUUCUGAAAGGCUCCCUCGACGCAUCGCCUUUCGAAUUCAACUUCUGCUGGAUUGCCGCUGGCGAGGAAUAUGUCUACGAGGAGGUGGAGAGACCGAUUGGUAGUCCACCGGGCGAAAAGGGCAUUGUCGGUGCGGCCACAACUCCGGUGCUGAAGUGCAGAUGCCCAGGCGACUACGCCUAUCCACGGCGAGUCUAUUGCAGAGCGGAGGUUGCCUUCAGACCCGAGCAGCCUUCGUGA